AUGACAUUAGAUGUAAAGAUAGACCCAACAGAUCCAAAUAGAUGGGAGACAUACUAUCAAGUAUACGACAUCCCACCAUGGGAUUCCCAAGCAGCAGCCUCUCAACUAGUGCAUUACUUGACCAGCUCGUGUGAAUUACUGCCUGCUCCAAUUGGCAAUUCAAAUCACAUUCCCGAUGGACUGGAUAUACAUGGACGGGCUCGUGGAGCGACGAACGAUAAGAUUCAUGUAUGCAGUAAAUGUAGAAGAUUCAAGCCGCCAGUAAAUGGACGUGUCUUGGAAUUCGCAUGCGGGACAGCAUCAUCAUUAUUGUACAUGUCUCAAUUAGGAUUCACAGUCGUCGGAAUCGAACUUGUAGAAAAACCAGUCACCCAAGCCCGUAAUAUGGCUCUACAGCUGGGCAUUCCAUCACAUCGUGCUAUAAUACUACAGCAUGAUUUAUUCCAGUUACCCGAUACGUUUAGUGUCGCUGUUGCUGAAAGGAUGCUCAAAUCAUCACAACCGGAUAUACCACAACAAGCUAGUAGUACUGCUGCAAGUACCAGUAACGGCAUCAAAACGAGCAUAGCAACGCUAUGGAAGUCCAUAGCACACCCACUAACAUCUAAAUUCGAUUUUAUAUACGAUUGUCAAUGUUUCCACGUGCUAAGACGAGUCAAUCAAGAAGGGCUGCUUCAUAAAUAUGAGACGUAUUUAAAGCCGAAAACAGGAUUAUUGAUGCUACUAGUAGGCAGAACGAGUACUCCAUCUCUGAUAGCCGGUGGGAUGCCAGUUAUGACUGAAGAUGAGAUUAGGACUUGUUUUGAUGAGAAGGCGUGGGAUAUUUUGUUUUUGGUGACGACUUUCUUUGAUGAUACUGUAGAGUAUAUCAAGAAUGGGAAGAAGAGUCCAGCGUGGUGGAUGCUGGCAAGAAGGAGAUGA